CGAAGAGAAAAGUUGGUCUACCUCGCGAUUGUUGGCGAUGGUGAAACCUCAAUCUGCUCCAAGGUGACUUUUGACAGAUUCAAUGAAGUAACGUUCAGCGGGUCCUCUAGAGUACUAGGUCCUCUCAUGUUGUGUGCGACGUCGCCUGCUCUUCCCAGAGACUGUUGCUAAUCUACCCCACCCGCCAUAUAUCAACAAUGGACAACACGGGAGGAAGUGGGAUAUCAUGUUCAAUAUCCUUAUCAGAAGAUGGGGGGCAUGCAGCGCAGUUAAACGGGAAAGAUCUGAUUGUUCAUCUGAACCCGACUGCUUCGGAGUUUAAGGAAGUGCAGGUCGUUAAGGUCAAAGAAAACGGAUGCAAGUUCUUAAAAUUCUCUCGAUCGAACCCGGAGCUAGCACCAGGGACACAUGACUAUGAUGUGGAAGGUAUUCCCAGCCGACGCCUGCUCUGUGCUAGUGAUUCUCGAGUCCUAGUUUGGGAAGCGAACCCAUUGCAAUUGCAAGCAGAGAUCGAGAACAUCGAGAGCGGCGCUCUGAACAUCGAUUUUGGCGGCGAUGAAAAUGAAGUGAUCGUUUUCCAUGCCUGGCAUACCAAGCUUACUGUUUUCGAGCUGGACACUGGCCGCAGCCAGAUCAUCAAAUCUCCGAAAUUUUCUCACUAUAAUAGCUUUGGAUAUCGACCAAAGACACGACAAUUUGCCGUUCUACUAAAGCCCGAGGCGGCAGAUAUAUUAACUAUUCAUGAGUUUCGGUCAUAUGAGCUUAUCGGCCGGGAGGUUCUCCCAACAGUCGACGCGCAAGGCCUAAAAUGGAGCCCAGAUGGGCGAUGGAUUGCUGUGUGGGAUGCCGCAAGUGCGGGCACUAAGGUCCUCAUUUUCACAGCGGAUGGCCAGGUCUUCCGGACUUAUACGGGACCUCCAGAAUCUGACGGAUCCUUCGACCUCGGCGUCAAGGGUAUUGAAUGGAGUCCUGUCUCUGGGCAGAGCGGUGCAUCAGAGAUCUUGGCUGUUGGGAAGGUUGAUGGGACAGUAGAUUUGUUACGAACGAAAACAUUUUCUUGCUCGUCUACCCUUUCACAUGUCUUUCAAAUAGACCAAUACUCUCCUAGUAUUUGGCGCGAAAGAUCCACCGCUGGAGGUGGAGGGUUGGAAUAUGCCGAAUCUUCAGGCUCGUCUGCGUUCACUACUACGGUUGAACCCUCAGGCGCUCCGCGUGGAGUAUCGAUGAUGGGAUUUAGUUCAGAUGGCACUCUUUUAAGCACGGUUGAUCAGAUCCGACCCAAUAUUGUUUGGAUCUGGAGUUUGGAGAAUUCACCAACUCUGGUUUCGGCCCUCGUCCACGAACAUGCAGUAAGACAGGUUGUCUGGCAUCAUUCAAGGACACAACUACUUAUAACCACGGCCAAUGCGGCCCUGCCUGGCGUUCGAUACUGGGGUCUCCAUGGGCCGCCGUCGAUUGUGCGGAUUCCUGGUUCCCGGAAUGAUAGUGGAAAAUGCGACGUGCGGUGGUUGUCAUCGGAUCAAAGUGAGGAGUCAAGAUUUUGGUUUGGAACCCCUGACGAUUUUAUUCUCGGCUAUAUCGAGGGGGAAGGGCAGACUGGCGCAUCCCAUUUCAGAUUCCUGAACGCCAUCAGUGAAGUGGUCCAAGGGCAAGGGUACGCAUUCUACCUCAAGGACAAGGCCCAGCACGCCGUUGUUUUCGAGAAGCAGACCCUUGAGAGGCUCAACAAGGACGUCCAGUCCUACCGCCUCAUCACCGUCGCUACCCUCGUCGAUCGUCUUAAGAUCAACGGCAGCUUGGCCCGCCAGGCUCUUGCUGACCUCGAGGAGAAGGGACAGAUCAAGAAGGUUGUUGGUCACUCCAAGAUGAACAUCUACACCCGCGCCGUUACCGCUGAGUAAACGUUUCCCCGUUACGAAUGAUUUCCCUCGCGGUGCUUUUUUAUACCAUUGCUACGAAUGAUAUCUCUCGAAAAUUCGAAAGUCUGGCUGGGCUUAUGAUGUUGGUGGUACGAUGAAUCAAUUUCGCACCCGGAAUGAAGAAUCGCGCUACCGGGCAUGUCAAAUAUAUCUUGACCAAAUCAA